AUGAACAAGGGCCUUAGAAUCUUUACUUUGGGGGCAGGCGCUAUGGGAUCCUUAGUUACUCACGAAAUUUCUAAUUCAUUUGCUUCAACUCAACUGGUCUUAUUGUUAAGAAAUCAAAGAAGAGUAGAACAGUUUCUGAAGGAUGGAUCUGAAAUAACGAUAGUCAGAUCUCAAGAUGGUAAUAUUUUGAAAUCUACUACAAAGCAUGAUGUGAUACUGAGACCCCCAAGGAAUAGAGAUGAUGAACCAGAAAUAAUAGAAAACUUGAUCCUAGCCACCAAGACAUAUCAGACUGAAAAUGCUUUGGAAAAAUAUGUCUCAAACCUCGAUAAGACGUCCAAUAUCUUGAUAGUUCAGAACGGCAUGGGCAUGUCAGAAAGCUUGAUAGAAAGGUUCUGGCCCACAAAAGCAAAUCGACCUAAUUUCUAUCAGGCCGUAAGUACUCAUGGAGCCUACAAAACUAGCCUCAAUACUAUUAAUCACGUUGGAUUGGGCAAAUUGAAGAUUUCAGCAUUUCCAGGAAAUAAUGACGAGAGUUUACUAAGUGAGUACAAAGAUGACAAUAGUGAAAAGUUUAAAUUUCCUUUAUUAAUCAGAGAUAUUUUGGAUAUCGAUGUGUUGAAUGUGGAGUUUUUGCCUUACGAGACUUUCUUAUUGCAUCAAAUGGAAAAGCUUGUGGCGAACGCAUGCAUUAACCCCUUGACUGCGUUAUUGGAUUGUUUAAAUGGCGACUUACUCUCUGGAUCAAAGGUCAUAUCAAUAAUGAAACGGGUAAUUAUAGAAGCAACAGACGUUUUCAAGGCUGAAUUCAAAAUACUAGAAACAAUACCUAUAUCAAAUGUCUUUUUGAACCGUGAAAGACUCUUAAAUUCCGUCUUCGAAGUCUGCAAACUUACGUCGCAAAAUAGUUCAUCGAUGCGUGAAGACAUUAAACAUUUGAAUCAAACGGAAAUCGAUUGGAUUAACGGAUACAUCGUCGCUCUCGGAAACAAGCAUCAUAUACCCACCCCAACCAAUAAGUUUAUUACUUCAAUGAUCAAGAACAAACUCAGCAUAGACAGGGAAAUUGAUAAAACCUCUGCAGAUGUAUACGUAAAAUAA